AUGGAAUCACAGUUUAAUGAAAUUUCUUCAACUGACGGUAAUUCAAUGAAAUUUGAAGAGGUGUUAGAAAAAGAUUUUGAAGUGAAUGUUAAUACAAACUUAUUUAAUAUAAAGAAUGGAGUCUUGAAAAAAGAGAGUACUGAUGAUUAUAGAAAUAUAAAUGAUCAUUUAAAAAUAAAGGAUCAGGAAUGUAUAAAUGAUAAAAGUACAAGAUUAAGAAGUCAUUCUACUUCAAUAAAUUAUGGGAAAGCUCCUGGACGUAAAAAAACACAUCCUGUAUGGAUAUUUUUUAAAGAUUUAAAAGAUGAGAAUCCUGAUGAAAUUGGUGUUAUAUGUUUACACUGUAAUUGGAAAGGUAUAGAUAAAAGUCCAAAUAAUCUUCAAAUACAUUUAAAAAAAUUUCAUAUAAAUGAUGGAGUUUAUACUAAAUACUGUGACACUUUAGCUACUAUUCCUAUACACCCAUAUGCCAGAAGAAAAGGAGUAUCAUCUAAUAGUAGUAGUAGUAACAGUAGAAUAUCAAAUUCAUCAAUGCCAAGAAGAUUAAAUGAUUGUAGUAGAAUUAAUACUUACCAAUUUGAUCCUCCAAAUAUACCAACAUUUAAUCCAUUACUCAAUUCAGUUAUUAUGGCACCUGGUAUUAAUAUUCUUCCACAAAAUAUACUACCUCAUAUGACAAAUAAUCAUCAUAAUAAUCCUUUUGUUAACAUAUUUGAUACAAAUAUUCCACUACCAUCAAAAAAACCAUUUUUAUCUAAUGAUUUGGGUGUUUCAACAUACAAUGUUGGAACAGAAAAUUUCUUUAGUAAUCUUUUUAACAUUGCCAGAGACAUGAAUAUAUCAAUAACAUACUCCUAUAAUAACCAAGACGAAUUUAUAUUUUCCAGAAAGGAUAUCAACGACAAACCUAAUAAUUUCACAAAAUCAGUAAUCCUCAAAGAUUAUCCUUAUGAAAUAAAAGUUUAUGAGAAAAACGAAAAUCAUGUUAUUGAAUGUGAAACAUUUCAAAAAACUGAUUGGCUUCAGAUGCAUUGGGCUUUACGUGGUAAAAUUCAAAGUAUUCUUUUUAAUAAUAAUAACUAG